AUGGGUCGUCUUCACUCCAAGGGAAAGGGCAUUUCUGCCUCUGCUAUUCCCUACUCUCGCUCUCCCCCUAGCUGGUUGAAGACCACUCCUGAACAGGUCGUUGAUCAGAUCUGCAAGCUCGCCAAGAAGGGUGCUACUCCCUCCCAGAUUGGUGUUGUCCUCCGUGACAGCCACGGUGUUGCUCAGGUCCGGACCGUCACCGGUAACAAGAUCCUCCGUAUCCUCAAGUCCAACGGCCUCGCCCCCGAGCUCCCUGAGGAUCUGUACCACCUCAUCAAGAAGGCCGUCGCUGUUCGUAAGCACCUUGAGCGUAACCGCAAGGACAAGGACAGCAAGUUCCGCCUGAUUCUCAUCGAGUCUCGUAUCCACCGUCUGUCUCGUUACUACAAGUCCGUCGGUGUCCUGCCCCCUACGUGGCGCUACGAGAGCUCCACUGCCAGCACCAUGGUUGCGUAA